AUGGCAGCUGAUGUUGGCUUGGAGGAGCUGGACGACUGGCUGGACGAUGAAGAUCGCCAGGAAAUACAGCAGCCCGAGAUUCCAGCUGCACCGAGGAUGCCACCAGGUCUCGAACCUCCUGCCACGACAUCCGGCGGGAACAGGCUUCGAUCUGAGGAGGUACCUUUGGAACCACCACGCCUGGAAACACCUGCGCCACGCUGGGUUUGCUGUAGAUGUGAGAGCGAGCAGUUCAGCCGGGACCAAGAUGGAUGGUUUUGCUCGGUGUGCUCCAGCAGAGACUUCUACAACAGCAGCGCACCCGGCCGACGGCUGGCGCCAGCAGGAACGUGGGUGUAUGUUCCGCGUGCAGACCCUGAGCCCAAUGGUUUCGACGCUUCGCCCGGGACACCUUGGCGACCUUCGACCUUGGAUGGCCUGUCUUCGACUUCGCCGUCGGCUCGUGAAGCCCGGCGUCCCGCUGGAAGCUUCCCUUGGCAAGAGUGGGCCGAGGGACACCACCGUGAGACAGCAGAGUCGGAGCGGGCGACGACGGACCCGACCGACAAGAUCGGCGCCCUCCGGAAGUACAGCCCCGAGGACAGCCUGGAGGUCACGACCCUGAACAAGAUCGAGAUGUUGACGGCCGUGGCACCUGGAGGGGAAAGACCCAAGCCCGGAGUCAAGUACCGUGGCGGGGCGCCCCCUCAGCCACCGACCUGGAACUAUGCGCGGGAAGAUGUGCGUGCGUAUGACAGGUAUGAGAGAAAAGUGCGAGUGUGGGAAAGGCAAGUUUCCUCCUUCAUGCCGAAGAACGAGGCCGCGAUGAUGCUCUACGUGUCUCUGAGAGGCGAGGCGGAAGAGGAGCUAGAGUUCAUGGACAUGGGCGAGAUAGACUCGCCGAGCGGGAUAGAGAAUAUCUUGCAGUCUUUGAGGCGGCCUCUCCAAACACGUGCAAUCUACCUCAAGCGAAAGUUCCUGCACGACUAUGAAUACCUUGGUCGAAACAACAACGAAUCGAUCAGGUCCUUUUGCAACAGAUAUCACCGGACCGAGAAAUCUUUGCUGGCUGCAAGGAUCGACGUGAAUGCGAUGUAUGAUGCCGAGUCCCGUGGCAGCCGGUUGCUGGACAGGAUGCGCCUUACUUCGGAACAGCAGCGCCUCAUCCUUGUGGCGACGGGCCAGAGCUUGCACUUUGACAGCAUACGCGAGUCGGCCCAGCUGCAGUUUCCUGAGCAUAGGGCGACGCCACCUGUGGCCUACCACCGGGAGUUCGAGAACGUGCAGCAUCGGACGUCUGGAUAUCCAGAUGGCAGUCAGCGAGGCGAAGACGACAUGCCGGGAAUCCCGGAAGAAGACGAUGACGACGCACAGGGCGACGAUGACGACGAGGAGCUUGUGCCCCAGGACGACCCCGAGAACAUCGAGGACGUCAUGCGCGAAGUGGCAGAUUGCUUGACCGCGGUCGCGGCUCCUCAGCCUCUUCCUCUGCUUCCGAAGGGCGACAGGCACGACAAGAAGGGAGCAGCGCCAAAGAAAGUCCUCACGGUGUUCCACCCAGCGGGCCUAGACAAGUCGGUUUCCUUCGAGAGCAGCAGCCCCGUCCAAGACCCCGAGGCCGAACAAGAGCACGAGCAGACACAAGAGUACGGGUCAUACUUCACAACCUUCAUGACUGCGUUUGUUGGGCCUCCUCAAGAAGUUUUCCUUAGUCGUCCUGGGGAUUAUGCUGGAUUCGCUGUUCUUGACACCGCCUGUCAGAGAAGUUUGUGUAGCAAGACAUGGUUGAACAGCCACCGUGAGCAACUUAGGAGUUUCAAGCUGGAUGCGAAGCUGAGACCCGAGAACGAAGGCUUUCAGUUCGGCACCGGGCCCAUCCAAAUCAGCAGUGAGCAUGCGUACUUCCCAACAUGUCUAGAUGGCACCUUGCAAACAUGUUCGCUGUUUGGGGCUUCAGUGAUGGAUGGUGGCAGUGAGAUACCGCUGUUGUUGAGCUUGGGAAUGAUUUCGAAGAAACUCAAAGCCGUUCUGGAUUUCCCCAAAGGUGUUGCCUACCUCGGGGUGUUCGGCGUAGAGGUCCCCAUCGUCAAGAUCAGUGGGCACGUCUGUUUGGCCCUGAACAAGUUCCCCAAGAAGCAUUUUGCGCAAUGGAAGUCACUGAGCAGCGUUCUGGAUCAAGGUGACCCAGACGUGGAGUUUGUGACAGCCCCUGCCUCAGAGACCUCGCCAACACAUGUUCACAUCGCUGCCGCCACCUCAAUGGCUUCAGAAGUGGCGCAAAAUGGUGCUGAUGUUCCUCGGCGCCGAGAUGCAGCUCCUGCGCUUCAUGGCGCAGACGGUUCGCCUUCGACUUCGACCACGCUCUUGGCUGGUGCACCAGGACCCGAUGCACCAGCGGUGGACCGACAACUUGAUCAACUACCUCCAGAUGCCCUGCGAACAUCCCGCGGCGAUGCUGGCUCGAAGCGGCAAUCGCCACGGCCAGUUCCAAAAGUGUUGCCAGUGCGGAACAAGGUGUGGAAAUGGGUGCACGGAGCGUGGGAAGAGCUGCCCUCUACACCAUCGCAGCGGCCGUUGCCUCCCUCUCGCACAUAUGGAGCGAAACGGGAAUGGGCGAUCCGGUUGUUGCCGGGGAUGGACGUGCAAUGCUCAACGGCUUCUUCUUCGGGGAGCCGGUCGGUGACUGGACUGACGGCAAAGGCCAAACCUUCGCCGCCCUGUCGGAGCGAACUGGACGUCACGGAGGCCGAGGUUCGUUCCAUGCGGAUGGAGGGCAGUCACCAACAAGGGCAAGCAGUGUUGCAGCAGACGAGGGCCCGAGCAGCCCAGCGCAUGCAGGCGGUGGGCAGCGAUGCUCUUCAGCAGGCCCCGGCCGAAGAGGAGCAGGAGAACGAGCAGAUCGACGACGACCUGAGCACCUACGACUGGAGCCUGGCGCGCGAGAACUACAGCUUCGAGGUUGAGCAGCACCAGGAGAUGCCCUUUUACAAGAGCGUCUACAGCCUGCCAAAGAUUGACGUGCUUGAAAUCUUCGCGGGCACGGCCGGCAUCACCAUGACGGCGCGGCACUACGGCCUCACGGCGCUCCAGCCCCUCGACUUUGUCUACGGCCAGGAUCUCAAUGACAAGGAGCAGACCAAUACGUUAAAAAACGCGGUGCGGCAGCUGAGACCACUUUUCCUUGUGUGUCGGUGGCCCCACAAGAAUGCCGGCGACGCACAACUUGGCAACCUCGAUGACCUGUACAACCUCGGAGCCUGGGCUUGCCGUGAACAAUGUCACCAUGGUCGGCUAUUCCUUGGAGAGCACGACCCACGCGGCCGAUUCUGGCAACGUGAGUGUGCAGCCUCCCUCUUGGAAAUCAAGGAUGUGCAUAAAACCGUGUGCCACGCAGGUGCUUAUGGAGAGGAGGACGAGCAAGGAUAUCCUACGACCCAGCAGCACCAAUGGAUCUCAAACAGCCGGGCGGUGCUGGACCGGUUGGGGAACAAGCUCACCGAGGAACAGCUGAUGUACUGCCAGGACCAGCCUACGAAGUCCGUGCACAAGAAGGGUUACCCGUGCUUUGGUUUGAUAUCUUCGGUGCUUAAAGGUGUCCAGGAAGAGGCUAGGCGACGUUUCCCUUCUCGGUUUCAGCAUAAGACCUUCGAUGUGAUGUACGCGCGGCCUCUGAACGACCCGGAGACCUGGAAGCAAGUACUGAACGAGAUUGAGCAGCGCUUCUCCAACACCCAUAAGAAGCCCUUCAACCUCAAUCCCGGCGACCCUCUUCGAGAAGUUCUUAGUCAACUCGUGCCGUGGCAACUGGAACGCGUGCAAGCUGCCUGGACACCACAGUCCCGGCGAUGGCCACAGGAUAUACCCUUCACGCAUCGAGGCGCAGCGCUGAUGCUCACCACUGGGGAAGUUGCGAUAGAAUCCGAGGACCUUUCCCAGGUGACCUAUCCCAAACAGCGCUUUGCCAAGCCGAUCCGUGUGGCUGUGUUCUUCUACGGUGUGCCAAACAAACCACCUGAAGCUCAGGAGACGAGUCCCGAUGAGCCACCAGGACAGUCAAGCACGCGACCUCUGCAUGGUUUCGACACCGAGCUGUGGUUCGAGGACCCGCCGCGGGAGGUGGACAAGAAGCUGCAGUACAGUUUGGCCCGUUUGCACGUAAAUAUGGGUCACCCCGCACGGGCCGAGUUGAUACGCAUGUUGGCGGCCAGCGGCAACCUUUCUCGAAAAGUGCUGCAGGGACUUGACUGCUUGAGGUGCGGCAGCUGCCUGAGAAUGCAGAAGCCAAGGCCUCCGCCGGUGUCUUCGGUGGCACCCGUCUUCACCGGCUACUUCGGCGAGGUGCUGCAGGCAGAUUUGGUCUACAUCAGGAUCAUCACCGGCACCGCCAUCCCCGUGAUCGGCGUCACCUGCGAGGCGACGAACUACCACGCCAGCAAAGCCCUCACCUCCAGGAACCCUUCGGAAGUACUCCAAUGCCUUUUGGACAUCUGGUACCGUCCUCUUGGGCUCCCUUUGCACUUCAAGUGUGACGCUGGGGGAGAGUUUGCGGCCGAUGUAGCCGCCUGGCAUGGACGAAGUGGUGUGCUACAUGAGGUAAUACCUGCAGAAGCUCACCAUCGCCUUGGCAAAAUCGAGCGCCGAAACAGCCUCAUGAGGACCCUUGCCGAGCGCAUCAUCGACGAGCGGGGCAUCCACACCAUCGAGGAGCUGAACAAGGUCCUGCCCGCCGUCACCUUCAGCAUGAACAGCAGCACCUAUUCGUACGGAAGAUCUCCCUUCCAGGCAGUUUUCGGCAGAGUGCCGAGGCCAUUGGGAGAUAUCUGUUCCGAUCCAAGGUCCCUCGUGCUUUCACCAGAAGCUGGAGAAAAACGGUUGGCGCCAGAACUUCUGCGUGCUGACGCCCUCAAGGCCCUGGCAGAGUUCAACUCUUCCAGCGCCAUUCGGCGCGCUUUGCUGAGAAAGACGCGACAUCAAGAUGCCAAUGACUUCCAGGCUGGACAACCCAUUGCUUAUUGGCGAUGGUCAGGGCGUUCCCGUCAGCAUAAAAAAGGUGCUUGGUGUUUGGGCCGCUUCCUUUCACUAGAUCCGGACAGGAAAUCUUUGUGGUUACAGGUCGGAAGCACUACUGUCAAGGUCGCGGCCAACCAAGUACGUCGAGCUUGCGGAUGGGAAGAAUGGACACCGAGCACCGAGGAUGUGAAGAUUCUCCGCGAUGCUGAGAACAACCUCAAAGAUGCCAUGUGGGAAGACCACACCGAAGAACCUCCAGGUGAACUUCAAGAACCAACUGGCGACCCGGGCGACAACCUGCUACCGCCUCCAGGACUACCGCCCGAGCUGCAACAACUACAGGACUACUGGAGGUACACACAAGAGGGUGUGAGUCGAGUGCACGUUGCGCCACGGCGUGAACUUUACGUACCGCAACCUCACGAGUGUGACUUCAACCUCGAGGACCUGGCAGAAGCACGCAGGACACACCGCAACGAAGGAGACGAACAACUUCCUGAAGACCAGUGGCGCGACCCUUCGAGCCAUCACACCUUCGAGGAGCCGUGGACCGGUUCUACUACCUUCUUUUGGAAGCUUGCUCCUGGAGACCAACCUCAAAGGACACGUGAACUACCACGACCGCUUCCCCCAGCUCCAGUUGAAGUCGUUCCACUACCACAACCCGACGACGCUCGACAGCAGCAGCAGACUCGCAGCAAGGACGAUGAUAGCAGUCGUCGGCAGCGACCGCGGACUCACAUCCAGCAGCAACAGCAGACUCACGUGGGGCCCGUCUUUCAGCAAAUUGUGGCGCAAGACAACAGGUCUAUCCAGUUCAGUGUCCCAGCUUCGCCUGUGCCGCCUACACCGAGGAGUACCAGGAGGGGGCGUUCCAGGACACCGCUGACGAGAAGGGUCACCAGUGACCGUCGUCAAGAGGCGCUGCAGUACGACAGUGCACAGUACGACAGCGCCCAGUACGCCUCUCCAGCUUUGAACGCAGCGCCUGGGACUCCAGACUACACGUCGCUUCCGCUGCGACAACCUCCACUUGAACCAGGUGGACACGUCACGCACAACGAGCACCACGAUGCUAACGACACAGAUGCACAGGAGACUCAGCCAAACCUUGCUGAGCAAGCGUCAGCUUCCACUCGGCCAGCUCAAGCGCAGGCCAUGGAAACGCCCGAGGAAGAGCUACCCACUCUACCUCAGAAGCGGCCGGCGGCAGUUCUUGUGACGAGCAGGCCGCUGAACUUCAACUACCACGACAACGGCGAGGUGACGCUCCGGGACUACCAAGACGACGGCGGCUACAACAACAUUCCCCUCAAGCGGAACUACUUUUACAAGUGCUACCUGAACAGCGGCGUCCGCAAGAAGGAGAUGAACGAGGCCGGCGUGACCGAGGAGCCCGAAAGGAGCGACGAGUCCUCGGACGACAACUCGAUGAGCACAUCAAACUCCAGGACCCACAGCCGAAAAGAGCUUAAACAACUUGACCGAGAAAUUCCCUGGAGACAGCUGACAAUUCUCCCGAAGCCUCAGCUGGACGCCUACCUCGAGGCCACUCGUGUCGAGAACGACAACUGGAUGUCGUGGGGCGGGAUUCAACCAAUAUCCCACCGGGAGGCCAAGCGCAUCCUGGGCGACGCGAAGCUGUCCCGCCGCAUACUCAAGUCGCGGGCAGCCUACCGGGACAAGUCGAAAGGCAUAGGUCCCUUGAGACCCAAGUGCCGUGUGGUCAUCAUAGGCUGUGCUGACCCGGAUUUGUUCCAGAUAACCCGGGAUUCACCGACUCCGACAAGGCUCUCGGAAUCGCUGCUUAUGACAAUAGCCGCGGCCGGCAUCAACAAGGAGUACAACUACACUGGCGAACGCUGGCACUUGUGGGCGUCAGAUGCCAAAUCGGCAUUUCUUCAAGGAGAUCAAGAUGCUUCAGAGCGCAACGGCCCAUUGUACAUGCGGCCCCCAAGGGACCCUUUGAUCGAGGCCACCGGCAGCUUCCCAGCCGAGCUCUACCUUGUGACAGGCAACUGCUAUGGAUUGCCCAACGCGCCAAGAGUUUGGUACCUGCGAGUGCACAAGACCAUGCUCGAGCGCGGCUUCAAGCGGCAUUCGUUCGACAGAUGCUUGUACUACUACGUCGGCGACGGCAACAAGCUCCAAGCAGUGGUGAUCAUCCACGUCGACGACUUCCUCGCGACGUACAGCGAGAGCUUCCCACUGCACCUGUUGGAGAACAUGUUCGUUUGGGGCAGCAUCACCAAGGUGACGACCGAGGAGCACGCCGUGUACCGUGGAAAGGAGAUACGGCUUCACCAAGAAGGCAGCCGCUUCAAGUACUUGGUGACUCAGUCCGAGUUCAUCGAGGGCAUGGAAGGAGGCAAGAUCGCUCGAGGGCGAGGCCAGCAAGCUGCAAACUUGACGCCCAGUGAAUGGGCAGACUUUCGCAGCGUCAGCGGCAGCCUGCAGUGGAUUGCCGGCCAGACAAGGCCAGAAAUCGGACCCUUGGUUUCGUUGAGUAACCGGGGAAAGGCUACCGACUACAAGGACCUCCAGCGACUCUACGAAGCGGUGGAGUUCUUAAAAGCCACUCCUCGAGAUGGUUUAGUUUACCAGGACAUCGCCCUGAAUAAGGACAGCUGCUUCGUGACCUACACCGACUCCAGCUUUGCUAACGCCGAGCUCAAAUCGCAGUACGGCGUCCUUGUCUUCCUGAGCCAGGUCCGCGUGACCGCCGUGAUCACGAAAGGGACGCUAGUGGACUGGAAGUCUGCAAGGUCGGCAAGAGUUUGUAGGUCAACGCUGGCAGCCGAGGCAAGUGCUGCAGACGAGGGCUCUGACAGAGCAGGCUUCGCGAACCUCUGCUUGAGUGAGCUUUUCACAGGACAUCAAGCACUCAAGGCACCACCUGUUUUCCCGAAUGUUCAAGUAACAGAUGCCAAGAGUUUGUAUGAUACUGUGAUAGCUGAAAAUCCUGGAGUCAGCGACAAACGCUCUCUGAUAAAUAUCAGGAGCAUACAGCAGUGUGUGAAGCCUGAAGACUUUCGGUGGGUGCCAACAAGCCUUAUGGCAGCCGAUGGUCUCACGAAGCUAGAUUGGAAGCUGACUGAGAUUUUGAACAAGUUCCUUAGGGACCCGAAGCUUCAACUCACUGAUCAAGUCCAAAAAGAAAGUAAGACCAGUGUGAAAGAUCGUGCUUAG